AUGAAGAAAUGGCACGGUGGUUCUGUCAUAGUAUGUUUGUUCCUAAUCUUGAUGUUAAGAUAUGUGAUAUUGGAUAGCCCGCUUGCUGAAAGAUCUCUUCAGUAUGUCUUCCAACAAAAUAGCACGGCACAGCUACACUGGUUAGAUGUUCCAAACCCACCUGCACUUCAGAAUCCACAGAACUUCUCUCAAGUCAUAUCAACUGAAUUGCUAGCUUCCAACCUUUCCAUAACAAGAAAUCUCUCUGAUAGAGAAAUACAGACAUUGCAUUCUUGGAAUCAUCUGAGGGACCUUGUAAAUAAUGCCCACAUCCUACCAGAUGGAUUGGAUGCAAUCAAGGAAGCUGGAGUUGCAUGGAGGAAGCUAAAUGCAGCCCUUGAAUAUGAUGACUCAGUUGUUUCAUUCAAUGGUAGCACACAGCAUAAGGACAAAGAGAAGCAAUGCCCAUAUUCCAUUAGAAGAAUGAAUGUUACAAGGGUGGGUGAUAGAUUUGUCUUAAGAAUUCCGUGUGGGCUUAUUCAGGGCUCUUCGAUAACUAUUAUUGGCACUCCUGGUGGUCUUCUGGGUAAUUUUAAGAUAGACUUAACUGGAGCUGCAGUCCCUGGUGAACCAGACCCUCCAAUUGUGCUUCAUUACAAUGUCCGUCUUCUUGGUGAUAAACUUACAGAAGAUCCUGUAAUUGUCCAAAAUACAUGGACUAUAGCUGAUGAUUGGGGUUCUGAAGACCGUUGCCCAUCUUCUGAUUCGGAUGCUAAGGACAGUGUAAAAGUGGACGAUUUGGAAAAAUGUAGCAGCAUGGUGGGCAAAGCCCACAAACAGAUCUUGGCCUCAAAGUCACAUUCUAAUUUUUCAAGCAUGCAACCUACAAGGAAAACAACUGCAGAACCUAAAAAAUAUUAUCCCUUCAAACAAGGAUAUCUUGCUAUAGCAAUUCUUCGUGUUGGAGCAGAGGGGAUCCAUAUGACUGUAGAUGGGAAACAUGUCACUUCCUUUGCAUUUCGAGAGGAUUUGGAGCCUGGGUUUGUUGGGGAAGUAAGGAUUGAAGGAGAUAUUAAAUUGCUGUCUGUGCUAGCGAGUGGCUUGCCUACAACAGAGGACUUUGAGCAUGUCACUGACUUGGAAAUAUUGAAAGCUCCACCUGUCCCUACGAAUAAAUCCAUUGAUCUUUUUAUUGGGAUAUUCUCUACAGCAAAUAAUUUUAAACGCAGAAUGGCGGUUCGAAGAACGUGGAUGCAGUACGAUGCUGUCCGUUCAGGAAAAGUCGCAGUUCGGUUCUUUGUUGGCCUGCAUAAAAAUGAGGUGGUGAACGAGGAGCUCUGGAACGAAGCACGGACAUAUGGAGACAUCCAAUUGAUGCCAUUUGUUGAUUAUUACAGCUUGAUUCUUUGGAAGACGAUUGCCAUUUGCAUAUAUGGGACAAAUGUACUUUCAGCCAAGUAUGUUAUGAAAACCGAUGAUGACGCUUUUGUUCGUGUAGAUGAGAUACUUUCGUCCCUACAUCAAGUAAAUAUCAGCCAUGGACUGCUGUAUGGUCGUGUCAAUUCUGAUUCUCAGCCUCACCGAGAUCCGUAUAGCAAGUGGUACAUAACUUCAGAGGAAUGGCCUGAAGAGAGUUAUCCCCCAUGGGCACAUGGACCAGGGUACAUUGUAUCUGAGGACAUAGCAAAAGAAGUUUACAGGAAACACAAAAGAGGGGAGCUAAAGAUGUUCAAGCUGGAGGAUGUGGCGAUGGGAAUAUGGAUCAAUGAGAUGAGGAAGGAAGGCAUUGAUGUCACGUACCAGAACGACGGAAGGAUCUUGGUGGAAGGCUGUGAGGAUGGGUAUGUGGUUGCCCACUACCAGGAGCCAAGGCAGAUGAUGUGCCUCUGGGACAAAUUCCAGAAAACAAAGCGAGGAAACUGUUGCAACGAGUAA